UCCAGUUUGCUCAAAACUCUGUAGGGUUCGAGAAAACUCUUAAUCGCUGUGCAAAUCGAUGGCCUCUUUCACUCCCAAAACCAAUGGUAUUCUGCUGCCAAAGGAACAUCAAAUCACACUUCCUUUUCAACUUGAGACCACUGGGGAAAAGGUGAAGGUAGAAGAGAACUGCUUGUCACAAAAAAAGGUGAAGGUAGAAGAGAACUGUGAACUUCCUUGGGAUGCGCUUGAUAUCAUUUCGAAAACACUAGAGCUUGACGACCACUUUCAAUUUUCCAGUGUGUGCAAGAAUUGGAGGGCUUUUCAUAAAAUUUAUUGGACAAGUUUUUUGGCAUCCCAAGAACCAUUACUUCUUCAACUUUCGUAUAGGAAUGAAUCACUUUCCUUUAUCAGCAUACCCGACCAAAAAGUUUAUUGCUCAAAUAUGACGAAGAAGUACUUCUACCCCCACCCUUAUAUUAUGUCUUCUAGCGGUUAUUUAAUCACGAUGGAUUCCAAUAACUCAUUUUUGCUAAUCAAUCCAUUUACAAGAACAAAGAAGGUAACCAAUCCCAUUACCUUUCAUUAUAAUCCUGUUAGUUACUAUGCCUUGCUUGCUUUUGACAAAUGCUCCGAGGAAUUUGUCUUGGUGGUUUUAUGCAGACUUAAUGAGAGUUUGCAUGUCUAUCAAUCUCGAAAUUGUGGUUGGGUUACUUAUUCGCCGACAAUGAGAAUUCUAGAGAAGAUUGUUGACUUUGUGGUUUUGCAUAAUAUAAUAUAUGUUGUCACUAACACGGGCAACAUAGGGAUACUCUGUUUGAAUUCUGCAAAUAUUAAAUUUCUAAAAUUUAAUAAUACUUCCGAUGUAGAAUUUUGCUUCGACAUUAAGUUGGUUAAUUGUGAUGAGCAACUUUUAGUGGUUAUGUUAUGGCGCAAGGAAAUAUGGAAUGUGUACAAGGUAGACUUCUCAACCAUGAAUUAUGUCAAAAUGGAAACUUUGGGCGACAUUGCACUAUUUUAUGCUGAUGAAAAACACUGUUAUGCAUUGAGCAAGGCGAACAUGUGGGGAUAUGAGAGCAACUCUAUGUAUGCCGUCGGUUCUUAUUCUACAAAGUAUAGUUUGUAUUUACCGGAAGUGUUUUCAGGGGGUGAUAAAAAGUUGCAAAAAUACUUUACACUUCCAGCUCAUCUUGUUGGAACAGGAAUAGCAGGUUACUUCCCGCGUGAUUGGUAUUUUAGACAUCUAAAAUAUGAGGUAGAUUAUUCUCUAGUUGAAUAAUUUGCAUAUUGUACACCGUGUUAUUUGCGGUCUUUGUGUUUCCACCUUUUUCCUUGUUUGCUUGCGAAUAGUUUGACUAGAUCAGAAAAAACUUGCAACAAUUGUCUGUAGUUUCAAUUUCAAUAUUAGACAAAUAUUUAGAUUAAAGAAAUAAUUAAAUACAUCUAUUAGUAUUGAAAA